AUGGCGCCUUGUCUGCGACCCGUCGCCGGGCUGCGGCGGCCAGGGAUGCUGCUCCGCGCGCUCCAGCUCCUGCUGCUCCUCGGCUCAGGUCCAGGAGUGUGGAGCUUUAGUGAACUGUUUUUUAUAAAGGAACCACAGGAUGUAACUGUCACAAGAAAGGACCCAGUCAUUUUAGAUUGCCAGGCUCAUGGAGAAGUUCCUAUUAAGGUCACAUGGUUGAAAAAUGGAGCAAAAGUGUCUGAAGAUAAACGGAUCCAGGUUCUGUCUAAUGGCUCUUUAUACAUCAGUGAAGUGGAAGGCAAGCGAGGAGAGCAGUCUGAUGAAGGAUUUUAUCAGUGCUUGGCAAUGAACAAAUACGGAGCCAUUCUUAGUCAAAAAGCGCAUCUUACCUUGUCAACUAUUUCUGCAUUUGAAGUUCAGCCAAUUUCUACUGAGGUCCAAGAAGGUGGAGUUGCUAGAUUUGCAUGCAAGAUUUCCUCAAACCCUCCUGCAGUCAUAACAUGGGAAUUAAAUCGGACAACUCUACCUGUAACUACGGACAGGAUAACUGCCCUACCAGCAGGAGUAUUGCAGAUCUAUGAUGUUGGCCAAAGGGAUGCUGGGAAUUACCGUUGUGUCGCUGCUACCAUAGCCCACAGACGUAAAAGUAUGGAAGCCUCUCUAACGGUGAUUCCAGCUGAAGAGUCUAAUUCCUUCUACACACCAACCAUUAUAGCAGGCCCACAGAACAUAACAACAUCUCUUCAUCAGACAGUUGUUUUGGAAUGCGUGGCCACGGGAAAUCCCAAACCAAUCAUUUCUUGGAGCCGCCUUGAUCACAAGUCCAUUGAUGUCUUUAACACUCGAGUACUGGGAAAUGGUAAUCUCAUGAUAUCUGAUGUCAAGCUGCAACACGCUGGAGUGUAUGUUUGUCGGGCCACAACCCCAGGCACACGCAACUUUACAGUUGCCAUGGCAACUUUAACUGUCUUAGCUCCUCCUUCAUUUGUUGAAUGGCCAGAAAGUUUAACAAGGCCUCGAGCUGGUACUGCUCGAUUUGUGUGUCAAGCAGAAGGAAUCCCCUCACCCAAAAUGUCAUGGUUGAAAAACGGGAGGAAGAUACAUUCAAAUGGGAGAAUUAAAAUGUACAACAGUAAAUUGGUAAUUAACCAGAUUAUUCCUGAAGAUGAUGCUAUUUAUCAGUGCAUGGCUGAAAACAGCCAAGGAUCUAUUUUAUCUAGAGCCAGACUGACCGUUGUAAUGUCAGAAGACAGACCCAGUGCUCCCUACAAUGUGCAUGCUGAAACCAUGUCAAGUUCAGCGAUCCUUUUAGCUUGGGAGAGGCCACUUUAUAAUUCAGACAAAGUCAUCGCUUAUUCUGUGCACUAUAUGAAAGCAGAAGGUUUAAAUAAUGAAGAGUAUCAAGUAGUCAUCGGAAAUGACACAACUCAUUAUAUUAUUGAUGACUUAGAACCUGCUAGCAAUUAUACUUUCUACAUUGUGGCAUAUAUGCCAAUGGGAGCCAGCCAGAUGUCUGACCAUGUGACACAGAAUACUUUAGAGGAUGUUCCCUUGAGACCUCCUGAAAUUAGUUUGACAAGUCGAAGUCCCACCGAUAUCCUCAUCUCCUGGCUGCCGAUCCCAGCCAAAUACCGGCGGGGCCAGGUGGUCCUCUAUCGCCUGUCGUUCCGCCUGAGUACUGAGACUUCCAUCCGAGUUCUGGAGCUCCCGGGAACCACACAUGAAUACCUUUUGGAGGGCCUGAAACCAGAUAGUGUCUACUUGGUGCGGAUUACUGCUGCCACCAGGGUGGGGCUAGGAGAGUCAUCAGUAUGGACCUCACAUAGGACACCCAAAGCUACAAGUGUGAAAGCCCCUAAGUCUCCAGAGUUACAUUUGGAGCCUCUGAACUGUACCACCAUUUCUGUGAAGUGGCAGCAAGAUGCUGAGGACACAGCAACCAUUCAGGGCUACAAGCUGUACUACAAAGAAGAAGGGCAGCAGGAGAAUGGACCCAUUUUCUUAGAUACUGGUGACCUUCUCUACACUCUCAGUGGUUUAGACCCCAGAAGAAAGUAUCACGUGAGGCUGCUGGCUUACGACAACAUAGAAGAUGGCUACCAAGCAGAUCAGACAGUCAGCACUCCGGGAUGCGUGUCUGUCCGUGAUCGCAUGGUUCCUCCACCACCACCACCCCACCAUCUCUAUGCGAAGGCUAACACCUCAUCUUCCAUCUUCCUGCACUGGAGGAGGCCUGCGUUCACCACUGCACAAAUAGUUAACUACACCAUCCGCUGUAACCCUGUUGGCCUGCAGAACGCUUCUUUGGUUCUGUACCUUCAGACAUCAGAAACUCACAUGUUGGUUCAAGGUCUAGAACCAAACACCAAAUAUGAAUUUGCUGUACGACUGCAUGUGGAUCAGCUUUCUAGCCCCUGGAGCCCCGUUGUCUACCAUUCGACCCUUCCAGAAGCACCGGCAGGCCCACCAGUUGGAGUAAAAGUGACGUUGAUAGAAGAUGACACUGCUCUGGUUUCUUGGAAACCACCUGAUGGUCCAGAGACCGUGGUGACACGCUAUACCAUCUUGUACGCGUCCAGGAAGGCCUGGAUUGCAGGAGAGUGGCAGGUCCUACACCGAGAAGGGGCAAUCACCAUGGCUUUGUUAGAAAACUUGGUGGCAGGAAACGUGUACAUUGUCAAGAUAUCUGCAUCCAAUGAGGUGGGAGAAGGACCCUUUUCAAACUCGGUGGAGCUGGCAGUCCUUCCGAAGGAAACCCCUGACUCUAAUCAGAGGCCCAAGCGUUUGGAUUCUGCCGAUGCCAAAGUUUAUUCAGGCUAUUACCAUCUGGACCAAAAAUCAAUGACUGGCAUUGCUGUAGGCGUUGGCAUAGCCUUGACCUGCAUCCUCAUCUGUGUUCUCAUCUUGAUAUACCGAAGUAAAGCCAGGAAAUCAUCUGCUUCCAAGACAGCACAGAAUGGAACUCCACAGUUAUCUCGCACUAGUACCUCCCUAACCAGUGGGAAUGAAGCCGGAAAGAACCUGGGAGGAGCCGUGGAAAAUGAAGAAUCCUUAAUGCCAAUGAGAAUGCCAAACAGCUUCAUUGACGCAAAG